AUGCUGAAGGAGAGAGAGAGUUCGGAGGGGUCACCUGCUACCCCAGACGAGUGUGCGGGGUGCGGAGGCAGGAUACAAGACAGAUACUACCUGUUGGCGGUCGACCGUCAAUGGCACGGCUCCUGCCUCCGUUGCUGUGAAUGCCGUCUGCCUUUGGAUAGUGAGUUGACCUGUUUCUCGAGAGACGGAAAUAUCUAUUGUAAAGAAGACUACUAUAGGCUAUUCUGCGUGAAGCGAUGCGCGCGAUGCGGUAAUGGUAUCACGGCGAAUGAGCUAGUGAUGAGGGCACGUGACAUGGUCUUCCACCUCACUUGCUUCACUUGUGUCACCUGUGGCACCUUACUGUCCAAGGGUGACGUUUUCGGUAUGAGGAACGGUCUUAUAUACUGCAGGCCGCAUUACGACAGCGCCUGCAUGGACGAUUAUUGCGAAGAAGAAGUUAAUAAUAUUUACAGGUGUCAAGAUAUGCACAGUGAGGGCGGUUCGCCCAAUCAAUUCUACACUGGAGGGCCGAGUCAGAAAGGGCGUCCGAGGAAGAGGAAACUACCACAGGGCUCCCCAGAAGACUUGCAGGUCCAGACCAUGCGGAUGGCUAGUACAGCAUUAGAAAUACUCCAUCGAGGUGAUUUAUCGUCCUCAAUGGAGUCCCUAGCUUACGACUCAUCGGUGGCGUCGCCGGGAAGCGUCUCGAGUCACACUCAACGAACUAAGCGCAUGCGUACUAGCUUCAAACACCACCAACUAAGAACAAUGAAGUCAUAUUUUGCUAUAAAUCAAAACCCCGACGCUAAGGAUCUCAAGCAACUCGCGCAUAAAACCGGACUAUCUAAGAGGGUUUUACAAGUAUGGUUUCAAAAUGCUCGAGCGAAAUGGCGUCGUAACAUGAUGAGACAGGAAUCGAACCAACACGGUCCCAUGACGCCGAAUGGUAACCCUGCCCACACUUCGAACGGAAGUCUCGUGAGUACUGCCGUUCCUCCGCCGAACGUUCCAGGCGCCCUCAUUAUGUCUGAUGCUUUACAGCCCAUGGAGGACAUCAGGGUUCACACGCCUCAUCCCUUGAGCUUUAAUGAUAUGUAUUGACAAACAACGGAUAAAA